GUUCGAUUGCGUUGGAAAAUGACAAAAUGUAGAUGUAGAUCUAUUUUAUUUCAACAAUCCAUACAUUUACUAGAAUUUACUAGACCUAGUGCAAAUUAUAGAGCGAAUGUAAUUUUUUUCUAGAUCUAACUUUUUUUUUAAAUAUUUUUUUUUUGUCUUUACUCUUAAGAAUGACUAGAUCUAUGUCUUAAUAAAAUGUUAUUAUGGCUCUGUCUUGGUGUUUUGUUUUUCUCUUACAGUUACUGGCACAACAAUCAAUACGUUCAGAUAUAAGAUAAGAUAAUUUUAUUGAUCCAAUCAAAAGCAAAUUCAGUUUGACUACAGUUUACAACACCAGCGCACCUACUGUACAAUAACAGUAUAGAUGAAAAUGUGAACAUUCACACACGAAACACAUACACAUUCACAAGACUUAUAAUCAGUCAUGGCAUUGAACUGGAUUAUUUUUCUACUACCACUUUAAUGCUCAUAGUGACGUGUAUUCUUAAAUUGGAUUACUUAUACAUGGAUUAUGAACCACUCAAGCUGUAUUUGCAUUUGACAAGCUACAAGAGAGAAGAGGAUUAAUCUACACUAGUCAACAAGAAAAGAGUCUGUAAGUUAUUAUUAACAAAUUAAAUACAUGCAUAUGAUUAUAAAGUACAUGGAUUUUGCUUUGAUAUAGCAGUAAUUAAACUUGAUUGUUAGUAGAGUUAGUAAUUGAUAACUCUUGGCAUUCUUGGAGCCAUAUUUUGAUUUCAUUUUUCUAAGUGUUUUUUAAGGGUGGCUGGAGAGGGACUAUUUUAUGAUCUAUCAUAAUAAUAGGAUCUAUUAGGGAACAUCCUAUCUGUUCUUUUACCUUCAAUAAGACCCAACGUGUUUGAGGUCAUCCUUGUUGGUAGGGAGGUACUAGAUCAUAUUGGGAAUUAUUUAUUAGUUGUUUUAGUCUUGUUUGUAUAUUUUGUCAAGAGUAUUCUGUUUGUAUUCAUAUUGUUGUUUGUGUAAAGUCUUGUAUCUACACAUUUGUAACUCUCCUGUCUCAUUUCUACUUUUUAUUAAUCUUUUUAUUGCAGACUGUGUUGUCAUUCAUAUUGUUUCUGUGUUUGUCCUUUUUAUAAAUUUGUACAUAUAUUUUUUACUUCUUAUUAAUUUAAAAUUUUUUUUCUAUUAUAACUGGCAUAAACAAUAGCCAUACAUACUACUUCAUAUUAAGAAACAUUUAAGCUAAAAAAUAUUGAUUUGAAACAUACUAGAGCUAUUAAAUUUGUGGAUAUUAUUUGAUACAUGUACAAUUAUUUGAAUAUAUGACUAGUAAUUAAGAAAGUUCAUUGAACUUAUAUUAUUUUGUAAAAAUACAUUACAAGAUAAUCAACACACAUUCUUCCAGUGUAACAUAUCUGUAACAUAUCUCACUUUUUUUUUUGCAACUAUAUACUUUGAUUUACUUUUUUAACUACUUAGUGAACAUAAGUUGAUACAUUAAUAAUAACCAUGGCAUCAUAUGAUAAAAUUCUAGAGCUUGUCAAGGUGAUGGAACUAGAAGGGGAUGAGAAAAAGGAAUUUAUUAAAAAAGAAUUAGAAAAGGCAGAAAAGAAAGAAAGGGAGGAAAGGGAAGAAAAGAAACAAAUUAGAGAUAGGGAAGAAAGAGCUGCGGAAAGAGCUCAUCAAAAAAGAACUAAAAGAACUAGAGACUAAACAAAAAGAAAGUCAUGACAAAGUAGAGUUAGCUAAUUUAGAAGCAGCAAAAAUCAACCCCAACAUUAUGACCCAGCAAACUAGUAACAAACCAUUUAUCUCCAAAUUUCAUAAAUUUAACAUUAAGGAGGAAACAUUAGAAAAUUACCUAGUUCAGUUUGAACAUAUCUCAUCUACUUACAAUCUAAACAAUGAGGAUAUGGCAAAGCAUCUCCUAGCAAAUUUAUCAGGAGAACCCCUAAACAUAAUAAGCACACUCACAACUGAACAAAAAAAAAGACUACAUAACUGUUAAAACUAGACUCUUGGAACAUUUCAGGAAAAGCGAAGACUAUUAUAGAAAACUCUUUAAAAAGAUUAAACUAAACAAGGAUGGAGACUUCAACAGAAUCAUUUUUGACAUGAAGGCAAAUAUGCUUAAAUGGUUAGAGCUAGCUAAAUGUGAUAUAAAAGAUCCUAUUCAAAUUUUAGACAUGAUCCUAAUUGACAAUGUACUAUCUAAUGUCACAGAUUUAGUGUUCACUUUUCUUAAAGAAAAGAAAGUAAAGACAGAAACUGAUCUCAUUACUAAUUUAAACCUUUUUAAAGAUAGCCAUCCUGGGCACACUAUGGACAAAAGAGAGCUACAUCAAUUGGCCGCCACAGUUAAUACAACUAACAAUAGCAAUAGCAAUGAUAGAUUUAAAUUUUCUAAUUCAAAAACUUGCUUUAAUUGUGGAAAGAAGGGCCAUGUUAAAAGCCAAUGCAGACAAACUAGCACUAGCAACUUCAGAUAUAGAAGUUACACCAAUUACCACAACCCUAGCAACUACAAUCAAAAUAAUUACAACAAUCAUAGUAACUAUAGCAACCAAUAUAGAAACUACAGAUCCAACCAGAGUGCAAGCCCCAGAGAAAGAAGGAGCCUUAGGAAUAACAACUCCUAUUACAAUAACUACAAUACUAAUAGACAAUCAAGAAGGGACACAUACAACCAUCAGUCUAAUAACCAUCAAAACAGAAAUAGCAAUAGUCAUGACAAUAGAGAAGAAUUAACAGCCUACAUGCAGUACAAUAAGCCAAAGUUAAACCUAUACCCCUCAUACGUAAAUGGAGUUAAAAUAGAAGCCCUCAGAGAUACAGGAAGCAGUGCCAUAUUAAUACAUUCAAAACUAGUAAAACCAGAUCAAAAACUGCCAGAAAAGAUUAAACUUACAUAUGCCAAUCAAAAGAAAUUUGAUAUUUGUGAUACAGCCAGAGUACACUUAGAUACCCCAUGGAUAACUGGAGAAGUAGAUGUUAUUAUUCUGGAUACACCAGCCCAAGAUUUAAUAAUUGGUAAUGUUAAUGGUGUAAAUGAUUUGAGUAAAGAAGAAAUUAUGGAAUGGGCAGCAAAGAAGGGUAAAAUUUGUAAACUAUCUGUUGCACAAGAUACAAGCCCCACUAGAAACUCUUUAAAUAAUACUGACAACAUUAUUAGAGUAAAAAAUUUAUCAGGAUACACUAAAUGGCAAACAAUUAUGGGAGAAUUCAGCAAUGUUGCACAUGUUAAAUGGGUGGAUAUAAGAACUCAAGAUAGAUCUCAUAAGAUUGCUUUUGUACACUUAAACACAGUAGAAGAUUGUUACAGAAUCAUUAAAGCAUUUAAUAACAAGUUAUUUAGAGGAAGAUAUAUUAAUGUGAAAUAUGAAAAUGUUUAACUUCACAAUAUAAUCAUAAGCAACCUGACAUUUUUCAAUCAGGUCAACCUGACAUUUUUUCUUGAUAUGAUGUAACUAGGUCAUGACAUAUUUUGUUACACUUAUUUGUACCAUUUUAUUGGGUCAUGAUAUUUUUUUUUUUUUUUAUUUUCAUUGAUGCAAUUGUACUAUCAUUUCUUAAUUAAUUGUACAUUAUAUUUACUUAACAUAAUUUAACAAUAACAUAGAAUUUCAUAACAACUAGAUGUGCUUAUAAUUGAUGAUUACUAAACACAGUGAUGUGAACAAAGACAUUGUAAACAACAGUGAACUUCUUGACCUGUUGACCUAAAAAAUUUUUUUUCCCAAAAACAACUCACAAAUGUAAAUACUAUUAAUUUUUUUUCCCAAGUGGUACACACUUGAGUGUUGUCAUUUUUUAUACCGGUUCUAUUGUAUUUUAACCACCACAUAUAUGUGCUAUUGAAAACAAUGAUAGACAAGGUCACUGUAAAUUUGUAUAAUAGUGACAGAACUUAAAGUGAUAUAAUGAAUACUGAACACAAAUGAGAUGUAUGUCUACUCUAUUGAGAACUACUUCAAUAAAUUUACUUAAUGUGUCAAAUGAUACACAUUAUUGGUGUUAUAUUAUAUAAAUAACUGGAUGUAAAAUAACUUCAAAUUUUUUUUUCUUAACAAUUGAGAUGCCAAUAUAUGUUAACAAAAUGAGCACAUAGCAAUUAAAACAUGCUCAUGCAAAAUAUUUCAGUAUACUUGUAAAUAAAGGAUCUAUUAUUAUUUAACUUUAUUUCAGAGGACUAAAUCUUCUAAUUGUAUUGAUAUUUUUUUCAAUAACAUACUAGUAUAAUAGAUGUAAGCAAACUAAUGUAUAUUUUUCUAAGCAAACAUUUUGGAAGUUAAACAAUAUAUUUAUUGUUGAAUGAAUACUAUUAAGGAGAUUAAUUACAUCAAACUUGACAUGAUUAAUUAAUCUACUACACAUAUGCAUAUGAUAUUACUAUCAUAUGUGCCUUUGUCAAAGAUUUUUUAUCAAAAAAAUCUUUUCUAGGGGAAGGGGCGUAUGUCAUGUACCAGUUUUAGAACCCCUGUAAUAUUUGGUGACUAGUAGUCACUGAACUAUUCCGUGCUAACACCACGAGAUUUUGUCUACUGGUCGGGGACUGACCACGAGGUGGACACCUCAGUUGUUUUAUGUCUCUUGUAGAUGGAGGAGCAUUAUUAUCUCCUUAGGUAUAUUGUAUGAGCACUGAGUAAUUAUUAUGUAGUAUGCUGUUCUUCUCAUUGGAUUAUUAUUGAUCAUAGUUUGUGAUGGCUUAUGAUGCCAAUAUCUUUUGUGAAUUAUUCUAUAUGUAAUAAAUUUAUG